UCGGGCGCAAGUGAUAGCACAGCGCACGCGCGACGGUGAUUGACAGUUUUUUCAGUGAUUUUAAGUGAUAACCAGUGUCCGGAUUGCAGUGGUUCUAGUGCAGAUUUUGAUUUGAUACUGUGUUUUGUGAAUUGAUAUUCCUUUGAUGUUGUGUUAAACUUUGGAGGGGCAAAUGAAGAUGUGCACGCGGUGAAGCCAGCGCGAUGUGGGUCGCAUAUGCGCUGCUGCUCGUCGCGAGCGCGGCGGGCGAGCACGUACGCGAAUUCGUCGUUCGCGAGAACGCACGAGCAGGCACUUUCAUCGGCCACCUGGGGGACGAGCUGCCCGACGCGGCGCCGCCCUACACCAUCGUUCCAGUCCCGGGCUCCGCCGUCAACGACGACCUCAGAAUUGACCCCCACACGGGAGAAAUCAGGACUAGAGUCCCGCUGGACCGAGAGAAUAGAGACCACUAUGCGUUGGUGGCUAUUCCGGCAAGCGGGGAUAAUGUCAGAGUCGUCGUUAGAGUUUCCGAUGAAAACGAUAACGCGCCAACUUUUCCUACACCCGUCAUGAAUGUCGAGUUUUCAGAAAAUACUCCGCGGGAUGUUAAGAGGAAACUUAAUCCAGCUAAAGAUCAGGAUUUAGGAGUGUUUAAUACUCAAAGAUACAAUAUCGUAUCUGGGAACACUGACAACGCUUUUAGGCUGUCAUCUCAUAGAGAACGAGAUGGAGUUCUAUAUUUAGACUUGCAGAUCAAUGGAUUUUUAGAUAGGGAGACUACCGACCAUUAUGAAUUGGUCAUUGAGGCGCUAGAUGGAGGUACACCUCCGUUGCGAGGAACUAUGUCUGUAAAUAUAACUAUUUUAGAUGUUAAUGAUAGCCCACCUAUUUUUACUGAGAGCGCGUAUUCCGCAAGCAUUCCGGAGAAUGCUACUGUUGGCACACCCAUUUUAAAAGUAUCUGCAACUGACGCUGAUUCUGGCGAAAACGGGCAGAUAGAGUAUUCAAUAAAUAGAAGACAAAGCGACAAGGAGAACAUGUUUAAAAUUGAUUCCUUGACGGGUGAGAUUAUCGUGAACAAAGCCCUGGACUUUGAAACAAAAGAGUUACACGAACUGGUAGUCGUAGCUAGGGACAAGGGCGCGCAGCCUCUGGAAACGACUGCAUUUGUUUCUAUCAGAGUUACAGAUGUCAAUGACAAUCAGCCUACUAUAGACGUUAUUUUUCUGAGCGACGACGCCACUCCGAAGAUAUCAGAAUCGGCGCGUUUAGACGAAUUCGUAGCCAGGAUAUCAGUUCACGACCCAGACUCCAAGACGGAAUACUCAAACGUGAACGUUACGCUCAGCGGAGGCGACGGUCACUUUGAUUUGCGGACUCAUGACAACAUAAUCUACUUGGUAGUGGUAGCAUUGCCACUGGACAGGGAAUCCCAGUCAUCAUACACCUUGAACGUUGUGGCUACUGAUAAAGGCUCGCCGCCGCUGCACGCGUCGAGAAUCAUAAGCCUUCGUGUCACCGACGUGAAUGAUAACGCUCCGGUAUUUCUGGAAUCAGAAUAUAAAGCGAACGUUCUGGAAGCCGCUACGCCUGGAACGCCGGUUGUCCAAGUUUCUGCUACUGAUGUGGACGAAGCUGAAAACUCUGAGAUUCGUUAUUCUUUGCUUCCAACGCCGCAAUCUGACUGGUUUUCAAUUGAUGAGCGAUCAGGACUGGUGACUACGAAGGCUAGGGUUGACUGCGAGACAAACCCGAUGCCCCGCUUAACAGUGGUCGCGAAAGACCGGGGUAACCCCCCGUUAUCGUCGACAGCGACAUUGGUAGUGACAGUUUUAGAUGUGAACGACAACGAGCCGAUCUUCGACCAAUCCUUCUACAACGUGACUGUCCAGGAAAGCGAAGCUGUCGGCAGCUGCAUUUUAAAGAUAUCAGCAAUCGACCCAGACUGCGGAGUGAACGCUAUUGUGAACUACACGCUAGGCGACGCGCUCGCGCGGCCGCAGUUCUACGUGAAGCCGGACAGCGGCGAGCUCUGUGUGGCCGCACCCUUAGAUUACGAGGCUAACACUGAUUUCGAGUUCCCUGUUAUUGCUACUGAUAGAGGGGGCCUGUCCACAACCGCCGUGGUGAAGAUCCAAGUACUCGAUACGAACGACAACGUCCCCGCAUUCACUGUUAAGGACUACAACGUCUCGUUGAAGGAAGGAAGAAUAUCAUCUUUUGAGCCUAUUGUCGCUGUGACCGCUACAGAUGCGGACUCUGGCCGAAACGGAGCUAUAACCUACAGAAUCGUGAACGGAAACGACAAUGACGCCUUUAGAAUUGACAGAUCAACGGGAGAAAUGUUCGUUACCAAGCCGUCAUUAAUUAGGGCGAAUGGAAAAUUUGACUUGGAGGUGUCUGCGACUGACGGGGGAGGUUUGGGUGCUCCGCAGACAGCCGCGGUGCACAUCAUUGUGAUGCAUGCCGGAGUUAGUUCGGCACUGUUUGAUAAACCGCGAUACAACUUCCACGUUAAAGAAGAUGCCAAGAUUGGCCAUGUUGUCGGGACUUUGAAAGCUACUGUCGCAGAAAGAGGCAAGCAGCCGCGCUACAGCAUCAUAUCCGGAGACCCAGAGCGCCACUUCACCGUGGAGCCGCUCACUGGCGCCAUCAGGACCGCGGGCCCGCUGGACCGGGAAACCAGGGCGUCGUACCUGCUGAACGUGAGGGCAGCGAGCGGGAAUUCUGCCAGUUUUGAUCAGACACAGGUCCAAAUAACCCUAGAAGAUGUAAACGACAACACCCCCGAGUUCGGCACGUCGUCGGUGCGCGUGUCCGUGGCGGAGUCCGCCGCGGUCGGGUCCGUGGUGUACGCGGCGCGCGCCACUGACGAGGAUGAGGGCAGGAACGCCCAGCUCACGUACCAGCUGGUGUCCGCCACUGGACCCCCGAACACGUUCGCUGUUAAUGCGCAGCAUGGAUUGGUUACUCUUUUGAGGCCGUUAGACUAUGAAAACCUGGUGCGUCACACUCUAGUGAUUUCGGCUAAAGAUGGCGGAGUGCCAUCUCUGAGCGCCAACUUGACUCUAGCAGUGGAUGUGCAGGAUGUUAACGACAACACACCGGUGUUCGAGCACGAGUCUUACAGUGCCAGUGUGCUAGAGUCUGAAUCUAUAAAUACAAAGAUUUUGGAGAUUCAAGCAAUAGACAAAGAUACAGGCAACAAUGCCCGCCUAACUUAUCGGAUCAUAUCAUCUGACAACACCACCAACGAAGGAUUCUUCCAAGUCCAACCCACAACGGGCUGGGUCUACCUCGCCAAGGCGCUUGACAGAGAAACCGCGGCGCACCACAAAAUGACUAUAACUGCCACUGAUAACGGCAUGCCUCCUCUAUCAGCAAGUGCAAGUUUAAUCAUAAACGUCAUCGAUGCCAAUGAUAACGAUCCUGUAUUUUCAAAAUUGGCAUACGAAUUUAAAGUAGAGGAAAAUAUGAACAUUGGCGCAUUCGUAGGCAAAAUAGCCGCAACAGAUGCCGAUCUAGGCGACAAUGCACUGUUAAGAUACAGCUUGUUUCCUACGAAUACUAGUUUUGCUAUCCACCCGGUGACAGGAAUCAUUACAACAAAGGAUUUCCUAGAUCGCGAGUUCAAGGCUGCAUAUUCCUUAUUCGCUGAAGCCAAAGACCAAGGAACUCCUGCCCGCUACAGCAAAGUUCCUGUCUCCAUUAAAAUCACCGACGUCAACGACAAUUCACCUGAGAUCAUUGACCCCAGAGAAGAUGUUAUCAGUGUUAGGGAAGAACAACAGCCUGGGGCAGAAGUAGCCAGAGUGAAAGCCAUCGAUAGAGAUAAUGGGGUCAAUUCAUCUGUUACAUAUUCCAUUGUCAAUGAGAGAGAUUCGGACGGAUUUGGAGUAUUUGUCAUUGAUCCGAAAAGUGGUGUCAUUAAAACUAGUACUGUUCUCGAUCAUGAAGAAAGGUCAAUUUAUCGAUUGACUGUGGCAGCUACAGAUGGGGGUACACCACCUAAGCAAACAGUCAGACAAUUAAAAGUGGAAGUUUUGGAUUUAAAUGAUAACAGGCCCACAUUUACGAGCUCCAGCUUGGCUUUUAAGGUCCAAGAAGAUGCCAGUAUUGGUCACAUCGUUGGUACAGUAGCGUGCUGUGAUAGUACAAUUAAUGAAAAUCUUAUAAAUGGUGAAGAGAAACAAAUAUCUUACUUAUUGAUGCCUUUAACUACUGACUACUCACCGGGAACCUUCGAAAUUGACAGACGUACGGGGUCUCUAGUUGUAGCAAGGCAGCUGGAUAGAGAAGUGCAGGACGAAUAUAGGUUGGAAGUUAGAGCGUUAGACACUUCAGCUACUAAUAAUCCUCAAAGUAGUGCUGUAACAGUAAAAAUAGAAAUUGUUGAUGUAAAUGACAACGCGCCUCUAUGGCCACAAAAUCCAAUAAAUAUAGAAAUCUCAGAAGGGACUUCUUUAGGAAUGACUGUUUUUAAUUUCACCGCUAAAGAUAACGACGCGGGGCCGAAUGGAGAGUUAAACUUCAGAGUCGUGUCAUCAUUGCCUCCAUCUAGUAAGACAUUUGCUUUAGACCCUCUGACAGGGUCAUUAACUCUUACGGCAAAUCUUGACUACGAGGUUUUAAAAGAGUACUGGCUCGUUGUAGAAGCUACGGAUAUGGCAGUCAAUGAAACAGAAAGGAUGUCAACGUUAGCUACUGUGCAAAUAUCUAUAACUGAUGCUAACGAUAAUGUUCCUAAAUUUGUAUCUAAAAAUAAAGCAUCUGUUGCCUUAAAUACUCUUACCGGAACGUUAUAUCAAGCGCUAGCUAUAGAUGCUGACUCAGGAGAUAAUGGAAAAGUAUCUUAUUAUAUCUCUAGUGGAAACGAACUUUCAUAUUUUGCAAUGGAAUAUGACACCGGAAGACUAACUCUAUCAAAGAAAUUUUCUUCUGAUAUUACUAAAAUCCGGUCCGGUCAAUAUAAAAUUAACCUUACUGCAUCAGACCACGGCAUGCCAUUCAACAGACAAAGCCACAUGAUUCUGCAGCUAAAUCUGCAAGAAUCGACUAAUGUUCCCCCGAGAUUUACUGAAGCAUUUUACAAAGCUAAUAUUAGUGAAGAUAUUCGUCCUGGUAGCUUUGUUACAAGGUUAACUGCUAAGUCAUCAAGGGGUUCUGCAGGAAAUUUGACAUACAUCAUUCCGCCAGGCGUUGCCGACGAUAAAUUCGUCGUAGACCCUCGUCGAGGGACAGUUACAAUUACAUCAAAAAUCGACCGUGAAAAGAGAGAUCAGUAUACAUUCCCAGUCUACGUUACUGAUGCUAGUACAUUCCAGUCUACUACAAAUUUUGAUGUUACUACUGUGACAAUAACUGUCAUAGAUGUAAAUGACAAUCCACCCACGUUUAAAACUGGUUCUUGCUAUUCUUUAACAGUCCCUGAAAAUAAUGACCCGGAAGUAAUUCAUACUAUUGCUGCUACAGACAAAGAUAUUGGUGCUAAUGGGGUCAUAACUUACAGUAUUACAUCAGGUAACAAUGGAAACAAAUUCGCCAUUGACCAUACAACAGGGCAACUAACAGCUAGAACUUUGGAUAGAGAAACGCAGUCAAAAUAUCAACUUACUAUAACGGCAUUCGAUCAUGGCUCACCAGUAGCAUUACAAGGAUCUUGUAAUAUUUCAAUUAUCGUCGAAGACCAAAAUGAUAACGACCCUAUAUUUGACACUGGACACUACUCUGCUGCGAUACCUGAAAAUGCUCCUUUAGAUACAUCAGUUAUAAAAGUCAGGGCAACAGAUGCUGACCUUGGUUUUAAUAAACGUGUUGUGUAUUCAUUAGCAAAUGAAAGCCAAGGAUUAUUCAGAAUUGAUAACAAAACAGGAAUCAUCUUCACUACCGGGGUAUUUGACAGAGAAGAUAGAAACCUUUAUCAUUUCGAAGCUGUAGCUACAGAUGAAGGACGAUACGUGGCUCGCUCUCAAAGAGUAUCUGUGGAGAUAUCAAUAACCGAUGUAAAUGAUAAUAAACCUAUAUUCACAAAAUAUCCAUUUAAAGAAAAAGUCGCUACUUUGUCUCCACCAGGGCAAAGCUUACUUCGGGUGUCUGCAACUGACAAUGACAUCGGUACGAAUGCAGAAAUAUUAUACGAACUCAUUGAUACGUCUAACAAUAAAUUUCGUAUCAACCCGACAACAGGCGUGUUAACAGCAACGCAAAGCUUAGCUAGCGAAAAUGGAAAACUUAUUCACUUAAAAGUAAUGGCAAAGGACAAGGGGAACCCACCUCAAAGUUCCAUAGGACUUAUAGAAAUCAGGGUAGGGGAGUCUUCCGAUCAAACGCCAUUACUUAAUUUCCAAAACGCAAGUUACAACGUCACCAUCGAAGAAAAUCUGUCUUACGGAAAAGACGUGUUACAAGUAACGGCGGUUCGUAGCGACGGCCGGCGCCAAAGGGUUAUUUAUGAAUUCGGCAAUGGGGAUGACCAAUAUGCAUUUGAAAUUGAUUCUAACUCGGGACUCAUACGAGUAAAUAACUCUGCUAAUUUAGAUUACGAGUCGCACCCAGGCCCAACGCGGCAUCUCGUCGUGGUCGCCCGAACGGAAGGUACGCCGGUCUUAUACGGCUACUGCGACGUAACAAUAAAUCUGUUGGACCAAAACGACAACGCUCCCAGAUUUACGCAACAGCAAUACAUCGCAAACGUGCUCGAAGGAAACACUAAGGGCGAGUUUGUCGUGCAACUCGCCGCAAAGGACAGCGACCGCGGAGUGAAUGCGAGGAUUCUAUACCACAUAGUAGACGGCAACCACGAUAACGCGUUUAUUAUUGAGCCAGCAUUCUCAGGAUCGGUCAAAACAAAUAUAGUGCUGGAUCGUGAGAUAAGGGAGACGUAUAAACUGACAGUCAUUGCGACGGACGAGGGCGACCCGCAGAUGACCGGCACGGCCACGUUGCGGAUCAACGUGGUGGACGUUAACGAUAACCAGCCGACGUUCCCCCCGCCAAAUGUCAUCGCAGUAUCAGAAGGAACGGAAGUUGGGUCAGUGCUGACAUCCGUUACGGCGAACGACGUUGACACAUAUCCUGCUCUAAAGUAUUCAAUAACUCAAGAGGACAAUAGGUUUUCGAUCGACAGAUAUAGCGGAAAGAUUGUUUUGAAUAAAGCGCUGGAUUUUGAAACGAAGAAGGUUUACGAGGUGAAUGUCAGCGUGUCGGAUAACGAACACGUCGCCAAAACGACUUUGACGGUCAAGGUGUUGGAUGUCAAUGACAAUGCACCAGUGUUUGAUGAAAUAUCUUACAAUCGGAUUUUGCCAGAAGGUGCUGGUAAUGUCGAAAUCGGGUCUGUUAGUGCCAAGGACACAGACAGUGAUGAUAACGGAAAGGUGACCUACUCAAUCCUUGGUGAAAGCAAGGGUUACUAUAUAGACGCUACAUCUGGGGCUAUAUUCGUCAACUACAGUACAUUGCCGAGUGAACGAGACAGUCAGUUAGCUGUGAUGGCUACUGACCACGGAAAACCCAACAAGAGCGCUGUAGCCGCCGUGAGGAUCAGUACAGGGGCGACAUCUGAGAUAAAACCGUUUAUUGGACAGGAUACAUACAGGAUCACCGUUAAUGAAGAUACAGAAAGAGGGUCGUCGCUGCUCCAGAUCGGCGGUAUCAAUGAUGUUCUUAAGAAAUACAGCCUGGAAUUCCUAAUUAUAUCUGGAAACCAAGGUGAUGCUUUUGAUGUGACUCUUGACGGAGCACUGAUUUUAGUAAACAAGCUUGAUAGAGAAACUCAAGAUUCAUACGUUCUUGGUUUAGCAGCCGUAGAGCAAGGAAAAAUGAUUUCGUAUAGUCAAAACAAAACUUCAAUAACUGUUUUUGUAACUGUAGCAGAUGCCAAUGAUAAUUCUCCACUAUUUUCGUCUGGUGAUUUUGAACUAACUGUCAGCGAAGAUGCAAAACCUGGAUCCACUCUGAGCAAACUAACAACCACUGAUGCUGAUUUAUAUGGAACUCCCAAUUCUGCUAUAAUUUAUAAUAUUACAUCUGGAGAUGAUGAUCACUUAUUCUUUGUUAACCCAGUAACCGGUAUUUUGACAGUGAACAAGAGUCUUGAUUAUGACGUCGGUUUUACGAAAUACAAACUUAUUAUAGUUGCUUGUGAUCAAGGCAUACCAUCACUUUGCAAUAGUAUUAACGUCCACGUUAGUAUAAUGGAUGAAAAUGACAAUGUCCCAGCUUUCCCGGUAAAUCAAUACUAUGAAACGGUAGCCGAAAAUGAACGAGUAGGUACUUCAGUAUUCACUGCAAGAGCAACUGAUUUGGAUAAAGGAAAAUAUGGAAUAUUAAAUUACACUAUAGUACCCAUAUCUUUGAGCUAUAACAAAAAUGAUGACUCUUGGAAAAUGUUUCAAAUAGACUCGUCAACAGGAUUGAUAAAUACGAAUGCUGUUUUUGAUUAUGAGCAGAAGAAUAAAUACGAAUUUUCCAUCAAAGCCUCAGAUGUAGGCGGGAAGUCUUCAACUGUGAAGGUCAGGAUUGAUAUUGAAAGUCGCGAUGAGUUUUACCCUCAGUUCACACAGAAAACAUACAAUUUUCCAAUUCCAAAGAAAGGUCCUCUUCCUGCUGGAUAUAUGAUUGGUCAAACGACUGCUACUGACAGAGACAAGGGAGUUGAUGGAAGAAUAGUAUACCAACUCUCAACGUCGCACCCUUACUUUAAAAUUAACCGGACAACGGGUGUUAUAAUUCUUAAGAAAAGAGUAGAGUCUGUGCCAAACUUGUUUGGGAAUCAUAAAGCUAUAAGCUUAGUAAUUACGGCAAGUUCUGGCCGACAAGGUUCUUUAACAAAUAAAACUGCGGUGGAAAUAUUGCCCGAUUCGUUGGCGGUUGUCUCGGAUAUGAAUAUUAUUACCGAUUCAGCAGUGCCAGCAGCCGCCAGUGGACUCUCGGACUGGGCAUUAGGUCUUUUAAUCGUCUUUAUCUUUAUCAUAAUCAUUUUUGCAGCAGCAUUUCUGUUCCUACACAUGAAAAAUAAGAGGCACAAAAAGAUCAAUAAGCCUGGUCUGAAUUCUGAAGGAGUAGGUGCAACAAACAGUUAUGUAGACCCAAGUGCUUUUGAUACUAUUCCUAUUAGAAACACGGGCGCCGUGAGUGGUGGUAAUCAAUUCGCUCCUCCAAAAUACGACGAGAUUCCUCCAUAUGGUCCUCAUACUGCUAGUUCUAAUUCAGGUGCUGCUACAACAUCAGAAUUAUCAGGUUCAGACCAAUCUGGCUCCAGCGGCAGAGGCUCCGCAGAAGACGGAGAAGAUGGCGAAGAUGAAGAAAUAAGGAUGAUCAAUGAGGGACCAUUGCAAAGGGAUUCUGGUAUUCAUAGACAAACCGACGGAGUUGAUGAUGACAAUUUAUCUGAUGUUUCCGUACACAAUACACAAGAGUAUCUCGCACGUCUGGGAAUAGUGGAUACUGUUACCGGCGGUGGAGCAUCUACUUCGUCUAGAAGAUGUUCUGAAAACGUAGUAAAUAAAGAUAACAUGCUUCAUCAUGGGUCUAUAGACCCAAUGCAUAUUUUUGAUGAAGACGGAACUCAUGAAAAUGAUAUAACUAAUCUUAUUUACGCCAAAUUAAAUGAAGUAACUGGAAGUGAAAGAGCAAGCAGCGCUGAUGAAAAUAGUGCUGCAGUAGAUAGAGCCAUGGCUUUAGGCGCUUUCCCUAGUGCUCCAGGAGAAAAUACAGCUGUUCCUACAGCUGGGCCAUCCAUGACUGGAAGUCUUAGCUCAAUAGUACAUUCAGAAGAAGAAUUGACUGGUAGUUACAACUGGGACUACCUUUUAGAUUGGGGACCUCAGUAUCAACCCCUAGCGCAUGUGUUUUCUGAAAUUGCACGUCUUAAAGAUGAUGCAGUUUCGUUGCAAAGUGGUAACAGUGGCGCGUCUAGUGCUAAGAGUAAAGGGACAUCACUAUCCGGUGGGAAGAGUGUGCCGCCUCCUUUACUAACCACCGUUGCUCCUAGGAGUUGCCCGGCGCCGUCUUUGUCUUGCAGACAGCCUCAGCACUUGUUACCCAGGUCACCAAUUAGUCAUGAUGUGCCCGGUGGCUUUUCGGCCGCUGCGGCUAUGUCUCCUUCAUUUUCACCAUCUUUGUCACCUUUAGCCACUCGGUCACCUUCUAUGUCUCCAUUAGUAGGACCAGGGCUUCCACCAAAUUCUGCUAGUAGAAAAACUCAUUCCACAAUGAGGAUAUGAACUUUAAUAUAAUUUAGCGGUUUGUAAAUAACAGAACGACUGUUUUGCCUAUAAGUAUUAAGUAAUAUUUAUUCAACCGAUGUAAUCGGUUUAGCUUUAUAUUCAAAUUUAAUCAUUUUGUGCAUGUCGUACAUCCUUAUGCCCUGAAUAUGCUCAAAGUGAUGUAUUAAGCGCUUAUUACCGAUUUUCCGGUAAAUGUAAAUAUAUCCAUUCGGGUUGUAACUUUAUUCUUGUACAUAUUAGUUUGUAUAUUUUAGUGCCUUGUAAAAUAUAAACUGAAGACUGCCAUGUUAUUAUUAUAUUUUGUAAACAAACAAUCAGCUUUACUGUAAGCUAUAAGAUAAUUCUUAGAUAUUGCAAUUAAUGUUGAGCAAGAGGUGUGUAUUAUAAAACGCAGUCACAAAUUUUCAGUAGGUUAAAUGAUACAAUCUGCUUGUAUAGGUAUCAGCACCAGAGUUGAGGUAA